CUCUCUCUCUCUCUCUCUCUCUCCCCCCUACUGGCACGACGGCUCCAAGGUUAUAAAAGACAAUAAAUAAAAAAAUAAAAAAAAGCACGGAGGUUUUUGAAGACCCCUUGCGUUCGUGCCAUGGAGAAGGAAGCAAAAGCGGGCGGCAGCGGCAGGGAGAGAGAGGAGCUCGAAACCCUAACCAUAACGAAGGUCGCGGAGGUCUCCGCCGCGAUCGAUGGUGCGAAGCACGUCGACGAAGUGAUCCGCGCCCUCCACUUCCCCGUCGAUUCCCCGCUCGUCGCCGGUGUGAUUCUUGAUGAGCGCUCCAGAAAUCAGAUCCUCAGUGUUGUACUUCCGAAGGAUGGUGAAAGGAAUUGUUGGAAAAAUGCUUUCUAUCGUGGUUCAGCAUUUCCGGCAUUGUCUAGGAUCCUAUUAUACAAUGUUGCAUCAAAAUGGUUAGCUGACUUUCCUAAAUUGGCAAGGAAGCAGGUUUAUGAUUCAUUUUUCGUUGAAGGGCCGACAACUGAAAUAGUUCAAGCACUCGUUCCUUCUCUAAAGCAAAAAGGAAGCACUAAAGAUGAUUUUAAUGUUAUUUGCUCAAACAUCGAAAGGUUAUUGAUGCUAUGCUUGCUUGAGAAUGAAGGUGUACGCCUUAUGGUUGGAGAAUUUGGACUUCUUGAUGAACAAGAUAAUAACAUUCUUAAACCUGAUAAAGUAACAUUCAUUUCUAGGAUAUCACAGCUACUUUCAUCAAUUCCAGAUAAAGUAAGACUAAGAGCUUCAUCUGCACUUUCAUCACACUCGUUUUUCCGAAGAGUUGCCAAUCAACUUCUGACUGGAGCAGAAGAAAGAGCUGUGCAAUUAAAUUGUAACGCCAUCCCAGAUGCUGCAUUUUUGUUUGUGGGGGAAACAUUUUCUCAUGUAUGCCGUCGUGGAUCUAUUGAUGUCAUUGUAGCAGAAGUGAUUCCCAGGAUUCUCAGCCUUGUCCAGAGCUUCUUAUCAUCAAAUGCUAAUCUGGUUGUUCCUGAUGUUAUAAAUUCUAAUCCUAAGUCCCACUUCUGGCUUAAUAUGGUGGAAGCUAUCAAAGACCAGUAUGCUGUCGAAAAGUUUUCUGAAGAGAUGCUGCGCCAACUAGCAUCAACAAGUAUUAGUGAUGUAGAAGUUUAUUGGAUCCUGUGGAUUCUGUUUAGUAAGAAUUUCAAGUUUGGUUCCUUUGUCAGGGGCAUGUUUGUUGAUAAAUUUCUUCUCUGGAAAGUAUUUCCUUUGUGCUGCCUGAGAUGGAUUCUUCAGUUUGCAGUUUUUGAAUGCCCACCAAAUUCAGAUGCACAAAUGGAGGGGCGAAAGACGCCACAUUUCCUAAACUCACUGCAGCUUCUAAUCAGUAUUUGGUCCAGACGUGAGUUUGUUCAAUCAUCUUCCAUGGAGCAACAAGCUUAUCUGACAGCUGCUGUUGGUUUAUGCCUGGAAAGAAUUUCUAAGGAAGAAUUAGAUGCUACUAAAGAUGCUUUAAGCAAUAUUCUUCAAGGAGUUAGCUGUAGGUUAGAGAGCCCAAUCGAUCUAGUUCGGAGAAUGGCGAGCUCUAUUGCACUAGUAUUUUCCAAAGUUGUUGAUCCAAAAAAUCCUCUGUACCUCGAUGAUAACUGCUGCGAGCCUGUUGAUUGGGAAUUUGGGAUGUUACCACAAAGAAAACAGAUAGCUGCUGCUUCACAUAAUGAAGAUGAAAACAAAUCAAAGUUAUUUCUACGUGAGGAUAGGAAAAGUGCAUCUGAUGAGAAAAAGCAGAGAGUUAUUAAACAUAAAAGUGCAGAAAAUAAUGCCUUGAUACAAGAAUUGGCAGAUCCUGAUGAGAAUAGGAAUCCUGUUGAAGUAAAUGGUGAACAUUUUUCUGGUGAAGAGGAUGAUGAUGACUCAAGUGAUUCAUCAUUGAAGCCGUAUGACCUAUCAGAUGAUGAUACAGAUUUGCAGAGGAAAUUUUCCCAGCUAGGUGAUAUAGCUGCAGCAUUAAGGAAACAUGAUGAUCCAGAUGGUGUUGAAAAAGCACUUGAUGCUGCCGAAAAGCUUAUAAGAGCGUCACCUGAUGAACUCAGUCAUAAUUCAGGUGAUCUUGUUAAAGCAUUAGUACACGUUCGUUGCUCAGAUGUGGCAAUGGAAGGAGAGGAAGACUCUGCUGAAGAAAAGAGACAAAAAGCAUUAGUAGCUUUGCUUGUUACUUGCCCAUUUGAAUCUCUAGACGUGAUGACUAAGAUGCUUUAUUCGUCAAAUAUUGAUGUUGGUCAACGAAUCCUGAUAAUUGAUAUUAUGACUGAGGCGGCACAAGAGCUUUGUAACACCAAAGUCGUUAAAAGAGAACAAAAGCAGGGAGAGUUGGUAUCCGCUGUUUCUCAACCGUGGUAUAUUCCUAGUUCAAGAGGGCCACCUGGUGCAGGACCUUGGAAGGAAGUAUCAGAACCAGGAACAUUUCUUAGUUGGUCUCACCGAUAUGAGAGGGAAAUUCCUUCUAGACCAGGUCAAACAAAAGCGGGAAAGUCACGAAAAUGGAGUCUUGGUAAGGCAAAAGAUUUACAGGUGGAGUGGUCACAGAAUAGAUUUCCAUUGUAUGCUGCUGCUUUUAUGCUUCCGGCUAUGCAAGGAUUUGACAAAAGGAAACAUGGGGUGGACCUGCUUAAUCGGGACUUUAUUGUUCUCGGAAAAUUGAUCUACAUGCUUGGUGUUUGCAUGAAAUGCAUGGCUAUGCAUCCAGAAGCAUCUGCUUUGGCCCCUGCUCUUCUCGAUAUGAUAAGAUCAAGGGAUGUUUCAAAUCAUGCUGAAGCAUAUGUCAGGAGAUCUGUCCUCUUUGCAGCUUCGUGCAUACUAAUAGCUCUGCAUCCAACGUAUGUUGCGUCAUCUCUAAUCGAGGGCAAUCAAGAGAUUUCCGGCGGACUCGAGUGGAUUCGCACAUGGGCUCUUCAUGUUUCUGAAGCUGACCCUGAUACUGAAUGUGCAUCAAUGGCUUUGACCUGUCUUCAACUCCAUGCCGAGAUGGCCCUUCAGACAUCGCGUGCUCUCGAAGCUGCAGACCAAUUCAAGGCCCAAACCCGCACCCUUCCCCCGAAGCUUGAUAACAUCAUAAUACCAUUCUCAAGCACAAAAUUUUAAGAAGAGGAUGAUUAUGUACAUUAUUAUAUAUUUCGUAUGCUACUUUUUUAUUUUGCUACAAUUUGUUAGUUCUUAGAUGAAAAUUAAAGAUAACUCAGUAAUUCAGUUUACUGCGUGUCUGAAAUUAAUGCGAGCUGCCUUUAUACUACUGAUC